ACUCUCAGUCUGUCAUGUCCUUCGGUAGAGAUAUGGAGCUGGAGCACUUUGACGAGCGGGAUAAGGCGCAGAGAUACAGCAGGGGGUCGCGGGUGAACGGCCUGCCAAGCCCCACGCACAGCGCCCACUGCAGCUUCUACCGAACCCGCACACUGCAGACGCUCAGCUCCGAGAAGAAGGCCAAGAAAGUUCGUUUCUAUCGAAACGGAGAUCGAUACUUCAAAGGGAUUGUAUAUGCCAUCUCUCCAGACCGGUUCCGAUCUUUUGAGGCCCUGCUGGCUGAUUUGACCAGAACUCUGUCGGAUAAUGUGAAUUUGCCCCAGGGAGUGAGAACAAUCUACACCAUUGAUGGGCUCAAGAAGAUUUCCAGCCUGGACCAACUAGUGGAAGGAGAAAGUUAUGUGUGUGGCUCAAUAGAACCUUUCAAAAAGCUGGAGUACACCAAGAACGUGAACCCCAAUUGGUCGGUGAAUGUCAAGACCACCUCAGCUUCCCGGGCAGUGUCUUCACUGGCCACUGCCAAAGGGAGUCCUUCAGAGGUGCGAGAAAAUAAGGAUUUCAUUCGGCCCAAGCUGGUCACCAUCAUCAGAAGUGGGGUGAAGCCACGGAAAGCUGUCAGGAUUCUACUGAACAAGAAAACUGCUCAUUCUUUUGAGCAGGUCCUCACUGAUAUAACUGAUGCCAUCAAGCUGGACUCGGGGGUGGUGAAACGCCUGUACACCUUGGAUGGGAAACAGGUGAUGUGCCUUCAGGACUUUUUUGGUGACGAUGACAUUUUUAUUGCAUGUGGACCGGAGAAGUUCCGUUACCAGGAUGAUUUCUUGCUAGAUGAAAGUGAAUGUCGAGUGGUGAAGUCCACUUCUUACACCAAAAUAGCUUCAUCAUCCCGCAGGAGCACUGCCAAAAGCCCAGGACCUUCUCGGCGCAGCAAAUCCCCUGCCUCGACCAGCUCAGUUAAUGGAACCCCUGGUAGUCAGCUUUCUACUCCACGUUCCGGCAAGUCUCCAAGCCCAUCACCCACCAGCCCAGGAAGCCUGCGGAAGCAGAGGAGCUCUCAACAUGGCGGCUCUUCUACAUCACUUGCAUCGACCAAAGUCUGCAGCUCAAUGGAUGAGAAUGAUGGCCCCGGAGAAGAAGUGUUGGAGGAAGGCUUCCAGAUUCCAGCCACAAUAACGGAACGAUAUAAAGUCGGAAGGACAAUAGGAGAUGGAAAUUUUGCUGUUGUCAAGGAAUGUGUGGAAAGAUCAACUGCUAGGGAGUAUGCUCUGAAAAUUAUCAAGAAAAGCAAAUGUCGAGGCAAAGAGCACAUGAUCCAGAAUGAGGUAUCUAUUUUAAGAAGAGUGAAGCACCCCAACAUUGUUCUUCUGAUUGAAGAGAUGGAUGUGCCAACUGAACUAUAUCUUGUCAUGGAAUUGGUAAAGGGAGGAGACCUUUUUGAUGCCAUUACUUCCACUAACAAAUACACCGAGCGAGAUGCCAGUGGGAUGCUGUACAACCUGGCCAGUGCCAUCAAAUACCUGCAUAGCCUGAACAUCGUCCACCGUGACAUCAAGCCAGAGAACCUGCUGGUAUAUGAACACCAAGACGGCAGCAAAUCAUUGAAGCUGGGUGACUUUGGACUGGCCACCAUUGUGGAUGGCCCCCUGUACACAGUUUGUGGCACCCCGACGUAUGUGGCUCCAGAAAUCAUUGCAGAGACUGGAUAUGGCCUCAAGGUGGACAUCUGGGCAGCUGGUGUAAUCACUUACAUCCUGCUGUGUGGUUUCCCUCCGUUUCGAGGAAGUGGUGAUGAUCAGGAGGUGCUUUUUGAUCAGAUUUUGAUGGGGCAAGUGGACUUUCCUUCUCCAUACUGGGAUAAUGUUUCGGAUUCUGCAAAGGAGCUCAUUACGAUGAUGCUGCUGGUGGAUGUGGAUCAGCGAUUUUCAGCCGUGCAGGUCCUGGAGCACCCCUGGGUUAAUGAUGAUGGCCUCCCAGAAAAUGAACAUCAGCUGUCAGUAGCUGGAAAGAUAAAGAAGCAUUUCAACACAGGCCCCAAGCCGAAUAGUACAGCAGCUGGAGUUUCUGUCAUAGCAACCACCGCUCUUGAUAAGGAGAGGCAGGUUUUCCGACGAAGACGCAACCAGGAUGUGAGGAGCCGGUACAAGGCGCAGCCAGCUCCGCCAGAACUCAACUCGGAAUCAGAAGACUACUCCCCAAGCUCCUCCGAGACUGUUCGCUCCCCCAACUCGCCCUUUUAAUGAGACCCUUUUACUCAAAAUCCUAGCUUAACCCUUUGAGACUCUGAGAUUUUUUUCCCAAAAUUUAUGUCAAACAGUUUCAUCUGAUCUAUCUAGCACUCAAUGCUUGAAUGGCGGAACAGAAAGUGUGUUUUUCAGGUAUCUUUGUAGCGAUUUCCCUUUACUGAAUGAGAUGACACUCGGUGUUUGUGAAGAUGGUAAUUUGCUGCUAAUAGGGUCCUCAAAGGGUUAAGGCUAAUUUGCAAAAAUUUUUUUUUUAAACAUAGAAACAAUGAAUGUUUUCAUCAGUCAAGCUAGGAUCUGCAGUAUCUAAUAUAGCACGUUAACCCUCUGAGUGCAUAGAGUUUUACUGAGAACCUUGUUGGGGAACUUUUCAGGCCUUUGGAUGUACAUGCACAUGUUUAUUGAUUUAGCUGCAGAUCAGGGGUGUUAUUAGACACAGACGUGUCCAGCAAAAAGGGCAUUGGAAAUGACACCUUGCUUGUUCUUUUCUGUGGGUUUAGAAUAUAGCAGAUUUGUAACUUCAGCAUAGGCACCCCUCUGUCUUCUUCACAAUCCUAUUAUAAAGGGAGUAUUUCAUUAGAAGUAUGACCCGUCAGCUGUAGUGAGCCCUGCAUCCUGAGGGAAUUGGGUUUGUGGCGAACAGGAAGUAGAUGGCGCCCACCCUCAAAAUUGUCUCCAUGUGAAGAUGUACUGAUGCCCCCAAAAUGCUGCUUCCACAUUCACUGCUGCUAGUGCCAGCACAGACCCCAGGGGAUCACCAUAGCUGUCUUGCGCUUGGUGAAAGAGGGUCUGUCUGCUCAGUAUCAGGCAUCUACUGGAAAAGAAAAAGAAAAAAAAAAA